AUGGAUUCUUCCUGUAAGCCUCGUACCAUCAAUUUGAACAAAGGUGAUGGUCAGAGCUAUGGCUUCUUCCUGAGGAUUGAAGAAGGAGUUCAAGGACACCUGAUCCGUAAUGUGGAGCCAGGAACUAUUGCGGAUAAAGCUGGCCUGAAGGAUGGGGAUCGUGUUGUGAAGGUUAAUGGAACUUGUGUGGACAGCAAAGAUCACUCAAAGGUGGUGGAGCUCAUUCAAGAAAGUGGAACAUCUGUCACACUGCAAGUCUUGGAUGAGAUAGCCUAUCUAAAGAUUAAAGAUCAAGACAAUGAAUCACAGAUGCCACAGCCAAAACCAGCACAAAUCAUGAAUGGGAUGGCAGGAACGACUCCAAAACCAAAGCUGUGUUAUAUGGUGAAAGACAAAAGUGGAUACGGAUUCUCCCUCAAAACAAUAAAAAAUGUUAGUGGAAUCUUCAUGACUGAUGUUAAAGCAUCUGGAGUGGCAGAUAAGGCAGGAGUCAAAAACAACGAUAGAUUAAUUGAAAUCAACAGUGAAAACGUGGAAAAGUGUACCCACGAACAAGCCGUUGCAAAAAUUAAACAGGCUGGAAACAGUGUUGUCUUUUUACUUGUGGAUGAGGACACUGAUAAAUAUUACAAGAAUGCUGGCAUGAAGAUAACUAGUGAGAUGGCAAACCUGAAGCUGCUCCCACAUAAACCCCGCACUGUAGAGUUGGCUAAAGGAGAAGAUGGCUAUGGCUACUAUCUGAAAGAGGAAAAGGCCCGGCCAGGUCACUUCAUUAAUGAAAUCGAUAAAGGAGGUCCAGCAGACAGAGCCGGACUGGAAAAUAUGGAUCGGAUUGUGUGUGUUAAUGGUGAUCCAGUAGAUUCUAUGAGCCAUGAGCAGGUGGUGGAAAGAAUCAGAGAGUGUGGCAACAAGACUUUUCUGAUGGUUAUCGAUGAAAUCACAGACAAAAUUUAUAAGAUGGCAGGAGUAUCACCCAUGCUCUGCUGGGAAGAAGAGAAUCAUUCCAACAACAAGCCUCUGUGUACAACUCCAACUACUGCACCAGAGGACAAAGUCAAACACAAACCAAAACUCUGCAAGCUGGAGAAAACCACAAGUGGCUUUGGUUUCCACUUGAAUGCAAUAAGAGGAACACCUGGCCACUUCCUAAAAGAGGUGGUGAUGGGCAGUCCUGCAGAACAAUCUGGUUUGGUAGAUGAUGACAUUUUGGUUGAAGUUAAUGGUGUGAAUGUGGAAAAAAAAUCCCACGAAGAGGUAGUAGAAAUGAUUCGAUCAGCUGGAAGCAAAAUCGAAAUGCUAGUGGCUGAGAAGACAGUCUAUAACUACUUCACCGAGAAAAACAUUCCCAUCACCACAGCUCUAAUAGAAUUACCCAAGACAGAGACUUGCUCCAGUUCUGCUGCUUGGAAAGAGGUACACACAGAGAUCAUUACAGAGAAAAAAGCUGAAAAAGCAGCAUCAGUACCAACAGUAACAGAAAAAAAGGAAGCUGAACCAGGCCCUGAUCCUGCACCCACCAACAGCAGUCCUGCAGAGACAAGGGAAAGGGCUGGUUCAUCAUCGUCAUCGUCGUCAUCAGAAGCAGAAGAUGAGAGAUUAUGAAGAAAUGUAACUUCAUUCAUGACUUUACAUCACCAAAGAUGUCAACUGUGAAGUUUCAGUAAAAGCAUACUACUUUCAGUUGCAUAUUUUCAAGUAACUCACUUGGCAGAUUAUACGGGCUUGAUUUCAUUAGCAAAUCUAAACACACUAUCAUCGGUAACAUGACAGGAUAUGGUUGCUAUUAGUGGAGAAAUCAGUCAAGCAGGUGGGAUCCACUGUGUUUUAUCACCAAGCUUUUCAUUAUUAAGUGAAUUAGGUGAGCAAAUUAACUAAUUAUGGAUAAUGUAUUUCUUGACAAAGUCUUAAAAUGAGAGAUAAUGUCAAAAUAAAUCAGCCGCAAGCAACUGCAAACCUAAAUUUCACCAUAGACUAUUUCUUUUUGCACACCUACAUUAUUUCAAAGAUCUUCUUUCAUUGAUCUAAACAAAGUUCUUGUAAAUUUUCAUUUUUUGUGCCUUAUUUUACAUACCACCAUGGUAAAGGGUUAUGCAAAUUUUUUUUCUCUUAAAGUUUAUGCUCCAAGUAGUCUGUAAAACAAACCAGAAGAGAAAUGGAACCAUGCAACACUUAUGCACUCCGUCCCAUUCUUGGGAAAGAAUAUUCUUUUCAGAUUCAUCAGAACAAACAUGGAGGAAUAUCCCUUUUCCAACUAUUUUAAUAUUGGUCAAAAUUAAUUCUUAAUUUAGUUUGACAAUGUAACCUAAUCUAAUCAGUGAAUUGUACUGUGGGCUGGAUUAAUGGAUGGUCAAACUAGUAUGCAGGCCAAUGAAAUGUGAUUGCAAAGAAAUAAAUUAAUCUUUUCAAAAAGU